UACAUACACACACACACAAUAUUUAGGCCAGAUUGUCAUUUUGGAGUGCAGUGAAAUUGAUACAGACCAGCUCUAAGGUUCUUUUCCAUCAAAUUCAGAACCAAUAAGGACAGCCCUCCAUAUCCACAGAUUCAAGCAACAGCCUGAAAAUGUCCUUCCUCCACAAAAAAAACUCAUGAUGCUUCCACUCUAUAUAAGAGAGACACCAUUUUACAGUCUUUGUAUACCUUGGGUAUCCACAGAUUUUGAUAUCCACAGGAGGUCCUGUAGCCAAAAACCAGAAGAUAAUGUAUUUGAUUCCCCGUUCAAAGGCCUGAAUAUAGGCUCAGGCUAGAUGAAGGCUCCAGUUCAGAUCUAGACAAGUCAGAAGUAAUUGUGCUCAUCUCAAAACUGAUAAGAUGUCCACCUUGCUAGGCCUAGGUUGGAGUACACUCUCCCAGAAAUACAAGAUUUUGCAGCCAGACAGCGACCCUAGAACCCCAUGCUAUUUUGAGAUUUCACGUUGCAGCAAUGGGCAGAAAUUUCUUUUAUGCCUGCUUUUUUAAAAGAAAGAAAUUGCUCUUGUGUUAAUUUAUACGAUGUGAUUAUGUUUGCUAGGAUUGUUAAAUCUGAUUUUUGGUAUAUUCUUAUUUGGUAUUGCGUUCAUGGUUAGAUUGUUUGAUAUUGUUUGAUGUGUCUCAUUUUGAUGUAAUUUGCUAAUAUGUUCUUUGUUGGCAUUAAAUGUUUGCCAUAUGUGUUGGAAACCGCCCUGGGUCCCCUCGGGGAGAUAGGGCGGUCUACAAAUAAAUUAUUAUUAUUAUUAUUAUUAUUAUUAUUAUUAUUAUUAUUAUUAUUAUUAUUAUUUCUCUGUUAACCAGACAAUUGGAUAUUUUAAUUAAGGGUCAUUUGAAUUCUGAUUUGUAGUUUGGGAAAAUAUGUAUAACUUAAUUACCUUGUCAGUUUCACAGUCUACCAGGUGUCUCAGACUGGAGUUUUGGUACAUCAGUGAUUCAUAUUGUAUCCAAGAAUAUAGGAAUCAAUGAGGCAUCAUCAGAUAAUGUGACAUAUUCUAAGCAGCUUUGCUAUUGUUGUCCUAUCUAUGGUGAUUUUAUUCAGAUGUUUUUCUUAGUCCAUUUAGAAUUACUCCCAUAUCACCUAUCACCAAUGGAACCAAAGUUGUUUUCUUAUCACAGUUUCCUAGUGAUGAUGAUGAUGAUGAUGAUGGGAUCCUUUGAUGUCAGCUGUUUUUGAAGUUUAUAAUAAUGUAUUCUAUUAAAGGGGGGGGGGGGGAGAGAGGGAGGGGGGAUAGUCUGGAAUACAAAUUCACAUAGUUAAUGCUAUGUCCCUAACGCUAUUUAGAAUAUAGAGCAUAUAUUACUCCUUUUUAAGGAUAGCCUUACUUUAGGAAAUCAAAGGUAAAACAGUAAAGGCAUACAUUUCAAACUGUUUUUUUGGUAGUAGCUCUUUAUACCAGCGUCAUAUUGAUGUCAGUGUGCUGAAUAGAUUUCUUGCCAACAUAGCAUUGGACAGUCAAAUGUAAUGCACUUUGUAAUGGCAAUAUAAAUGUUACAUGUUUCCCUGUUUGAGGUACCAAUUAUGGCAGGUUUUCAGAAGUGUCAUAAAUAUCUCACCUGCUUGCUACACAGCACUUCAGUGUGAUGUCUAUCACUAGGAUUAAUCCAUUUGUACCUCAGAUUGCAUCCAAGGUCUGAAUGAAUAAAUUAUUCUGCACCUGGUUUUUUAGUGAGAAUUUCCCUCCUUUCCUUAAAGACUUUCUGAACUACAACAAAUUGCUUAUUCAUAAUACCUAGCAUUGCCAUUCUGUCUGCAAGACGCAUGAUCCUCUAGCUGCCAUUUAUAUAAACGUUUCCCCUGGAUUGCCUGUUGUUAUUUAUGUAUUUUUGUUUGCGUUGCUUAAAUGUAGGGAUAGUGGAUAGUUUAAAAUAUCAACAAAAUUAAAUUGGUUGAUUUUUUAACCAUGUUGUAGUCUUACUGCUACUUACUGUGGUUUAAUAUUAAGUAACAGCAAUUUGGAGCAGUAGCACAGUGUUGUGGUUUAAAGACCUCAAACAUUGGACUGUGACUCUGGAGAUCAAGGUUCAAAUUUCCACUUGGCCAUGGAAAUCUAUUGGAUGAUUUUGGGUGAGACACAUACUCUCAAACACAGAGGCAGGCAAAGGCAAACCCCCUCUGAACAAACCAAAGAAAACCCUGUGAUAGAUUUUUCUUUAGUUCUCCAUAAGUCGGGAAUUGACUUUAAUGCACACCAGUACCAGCGAGUUGCAAAUCUUUAUAUGUAACAGGGAAGUGAUGUGGUCCAAUUCAGAAGGCUUAUAUAAGAACUCGUCUAGACAUUAGCUUAUUUUUACUGCACACGAAAAUGUUCUGAUGUACAUCAAGUAUUCAAUUCCUAUGAGGGUAAUUAAAUGUAAAAACAACUAAUAUGCAUUUAUAAAAAAUGAAAAUACAUAUCAAGUUGGUGAAAUGAGUGGGAUGUUGGGUAAGAGGGUCUUUUAUCUUUUUCUUUUUCCAUGGUCUGGACAAAAAUUGAACCCACUUUCCCUGAGUCUGAUACACUGCGUUUCCCCUGAAUUUACUUAGUGACACCAACAGUACAUGCUGGUCUUCCUACAUUUCCUUUCAUCAAUAGAGACUAAUGGUGAUCAUCAUAACUUGAAGCAUCUUCUGCUUCUGAAUUUUCACUCUGAUCAACUACUUUGGGAAGGGAGAACUUAACUAGAUGGACCUGUGGUCUGAUUCAGUUGGACCCUUGUGUUGUAGACCUGAAAAAAGCAUCUCUUUUAGCUUUGCCAAAGUGCCUUGGAUUUGUUUGUUUCCCCCUGCGAAAGAUGACGGACCCAUUAUGCAUCGGUGGCAGCUGUCUGCCUCACAGCUUGUUCAGAUCCGACAAUAUUGAACCCUUCUUAAGAGAGGCAUUUGAAUGAAGUUGUUGGUCUCCAAAAGGGUACCUGCCUUGUAGCCCCCUUCCUCCGAUCAGACUCAUGGAUUGAAGCGCCUUGCCUUUAUCCAUCCUUGCAUCUCAAUCUGUAGGUGGGAAGGGAGGCGGUGGGGGACCUACAGCUGUUUAGAAAACAGCUUAUUGUCUGAUUCGAUUUGUACUUUUUGUUUUGUUUUGUGGCAAGUUUUUACAUAGUUACCUUUUGAGGAUUUCCAGUCUGGCUUAUCAGAAUCCACCAACAAGCCUCUGUGUGUGUGUGUCUUUCUUUUUUUUAAUAUUCUCGUUUCCCUUUUGGUUCAGCCGAGCCCACUGACAGAUCAUUCAAAUUCAAUUGUUUUAUGUCUAAGCCGAGCAGCUAAUUAAAGUAGGGAUGAUUAACCUGACUGGCAGUGUCGCUCUCUCUCUUUCUCUCUCUCUCUCUCCCUUGCUUUCUCUCUCACUCCCUCCUGUUCCAAUCAGUCUUCCUCUCUCUUACACACACACAUCUCUCUCUCUUUCUCACUCUGUCUUUUGCUCCACUGUUGUGUGUGUGUGUGUGUGUGUGUGUGUGUGUUUUCUCCUUCUUCUCUUCCCUCCUCUCUCCUAAACGUGGUCUGCUUGCUGAUGGCAGAAUGGCACUCGGAGAUUUGUGCAUUGUGUCUGGUUUCCUACGGGCAGGCUGACCCAGUGCCUCUGGGGACUUAUCAAUAGACCACUCAGAAGAGACAGAGACAGGAGAAAAGGAGGAGGAGGAGGAGGAGGAGGAGGGGGGAGGCAGAAAGAGAGAGAAAGAGAGAGAGAGAAUCAAUAUCAAGAAUAGAGGGAGCUCCGAAGCCAUUUUUUGGGUUAUUUUUUAUUUUUACCCAAAACCAAAAGUGUACCAGGACUUGGGAAGAGGGUGACAAAGAAGGUUUUUUUUUUUUUUUGGUUUUUUUUUUGGUUUUGUUUUCCUCCACAAGGAGAAGGAGGAGGAGGUUCUAAUAAAUUUGGAAGGAGACAGUUCCCUGUCUUGGGGGAGAGGAGGAAAAAAGAAGUCCUGGCUGAUUAGCAUUCACACCAGGCAAAUAUCUUCAUACAACUUUAUUGAAAGUCCAUGUUGACCAAGUCUGCAUAAGAGCCAGGAAGCAAAUCCCACAUCCUGAGCAACUGCUAUAGUCGGAAAGCCACACUGCUUCAUCAAAUUACAGGCACAGCUUUUCUCCAUUUUCUGCCCCAAUGAAUGUCUGCGCUAGGUCCAAAGCUUGGAGUGAUUUGCCUGAAGAGUGACAACAUUUACAAACCACUGAAAAAACUCAAGACAGUUGGAAAACAGAAGGAGUCUGAGGAGAAUGAGAUUACGCAGACGGGUGCAUACAGCGCCAAGUUGGGCCUUUCCUGCCUGAAGUUUGAAACUGACCCAUCUCUGAGCCCAGUUCUCAUCCAUUCAUCACAUUCAUCAACAAACCUGCACGCACGUACAGGGUCACUUGAUUGUAACAUUAGUUGCAAGGGGAUGACAGAGCGCAUUCACAGCAUCAAUCUCCACAACUUCAGCAAUUCUGUGCUCGAAACCCUUAACGAGCAACGCAACCGUGGCCACUUCUGUGAUGUGACAGUCCGCAUUCACGGGAGCAUGCUGCGCGCCCACCGUUGUGUGUUGGCGGCUGGCAGCCCCUUCUUCCAGGACAAGCUGUUACUGGGCUACAGUGACAUCGAAAUUCCCUCUGUGGUGUCAGUCCAGUCAGUACAAAAGCUCAUUGACUUCAUGUACAGUGGGGUGCUGCGAGUUUCCCAGUCAGAGGCCUUGCAGAUCCUCACAGCAGCCAGCAUCCUGCAGAUCAAGACUGUGAUUGAUGAAUGCACACGGAUUGUCUCACAGAAUGUGGGUGACAUUUAUCCAGUCAUCCAAGAUUCUGGUCAAGAGACACCCCGAGGAACUCCUGAAUCAGCCACUUCAGGGCAGAGCAGUGACACAGAAUCUGGCUACCUGCAAAGCCACUCACAACACAGUGUAGACAGGAUCUACUCAGCUUUGUAUGCCUGUUCUAUGCAGAAUGGUAGUGGAGAGCGUUCAUUCUACAGUGGAGCAGUGGUCAGCCACCAUGAAACAGCACUUGGACUUCCCAGAGACCAUCAUAUGGAAGAUCCCAGCUGGAUUACACGGAUCCAUGAGCGCUCACAGCAGCAGAUGGAGAGGUAUCUUUCCACUACUCCAGAAACCACACAUUGCCGGAAACAACCACGCCCAGUUCGGAUCCAAACAUUGGUGGGCAAUAUUCACAUCAAGCAAGAAAUGGAAGAUGACUAUGACUACUACGGACAACAGAGAGUACAGAUCCUAGAGCGCCAUGAGUCUGAGGAAUGCACUGAGGAUACAGAUCAAGCAGAAGGCACUGAGAGUGAACCUAAGGGGGAGAGCUUUGACUCUGGAGUCAGUUCUUCUAUUGGCACUGAACCAGAUUCUGUCGAGCAACCAUUCAUGACUAGUGUAAACCGAGAAGGUCAACAAGAGGCUCCUCAAGCAGAACAAAAUGAAGCUUCUGUUGAAAGCAUUCAGCGGCAGCUCACAGAUGCCAAUUCCUCCUCACCAGAGAGAGGCAAUGACAUUGAAAGGGACAGCACACUACUCACUGUUAGUAACAGCACUGAAAAGGGGACUUUGCAGCCUUCGAUCACUACAACUAUUGCCCAAACAUUGCCAAGUACACAGCUCUACUUACGCCAGACAGAAACCCUCACCAGCAAUCUGAGGAUGCCGCUGACCCUGACCAGCAACACACAAGUCAUCGGCACAGCUGGCAAUACUUACCUGCCUGCACUCUUUACUACACAGACUGCUGGCAGUGGUUCGAAGCCUUUUCUCUUCAGCCUACCCCAAUCCUUAGGCCAGCAGACACAAUUUGUGACAGUGUCCCAGCCUGGCCUGUCAACUUUUACUGCCCAACUGCCAGCCCCUCAACCCCUGACUCCUUCUGCAGGCCACAGCACAGCAGGUGGGCAGGGUGAAAAAAAGCCUUAUGAGUGUACCCUCUGCAACAAGACUUUCACCGCCAAACAGAAUUAUGUCAAGCACAUGUUUGUACAUACAGGUGAGAAGCCCCACCAAUGCAGCAUCUGUUGGCGGUCCUUCUCCCUAAAGGAUUACCUAAUCAAACAUAUGGUGACUCACACUGGUGUCAGAGCCUACCAAUGCAGCAUCUGCAACAAGCGUUUUACCCAGAAGAGCUCCCUAAAUGUGCAUAUGCGGCUCCACCGAGGGGAGAAAUCCUACGAAUGCUACAUCUGCAAGAAGAAAUUCUCCCACAAGACCCUGCUCGAAAGACACGUGGCUCUGCAUAGUGCCACCAAUGGAACACCUAGCACAACCAGCACUGGUGCAAGGGCUCUUCCCACUGGAGUGUUGGCCUGUGCAGAGGGAACCACGUAUGUCUGCUCUGUCUGUCCAGCUAAAUUUGACCAAAUUGAGCAUUUCAAUGACCACAUGAGAAUGCAUGUUUCAGAUGGAUAAGCAAAACCUGUUCUGUUAUGAACAAAAAAAAGCCCAACCAGAGAAACGACAACAAAAAGAUAUGGCACUAGAUUUUUUUUCAUUUUUACUUUUUUUUUUUUGUUUAUUUUCAUUUCAUUUUUGUACUACAUGAAGAACUGUUUUUUGCCUGCUGGUACAUUACAUUUCUGGAAGCUGGGUGAAUAGUAAUUAUCUCAGCCUUCCUUUGAUGGUGGCCUUAAGGCCAGAUAGUGUUUCAGGAGAUCUACUGGUUGGAUCUCUAGCUACUGGCCUCUAAAUACAACCCUUCUUUACUACAAAAAAACUUUUAAAAAUCUUUUUUGUCACUUGUGAAGAGCACUACAAAACAACAACAAAGAGAAAUAAGAAAUCUACAAGGCCUACUGUCGUAAGUACACCGCUUGCAGUGUUUCAGUGGACAGAUUCACAAUUCUGACCGCUUUGGACUUCACAGUAUCCAGUUAAAACUGUGGAAGAGAACCGUAUGUUUGAGUCACAACCACAGAAAACGGGCCCUAUUGGUUUCUGCCAUUAGUCGUUAUCACAAAAAGGGCUGCAGAGAAGCUCAAGGGAGUUUGGGUUGGAUGGUGUGGAGUCCCUGCAGGAUGGGGAAGGAGAAUACUAGGUUCCUCUUGUGGAUUCUGUUCCAUUCCACACAUUCUGAUUCAUAACCCCCAACUUCUUUCUCCCCCACUAACACCAACAACAUAUUUCAUCAAAAGCUAGAAACAAUGAAGUAAACAUGAGGUGAGCAAAGGUGGCUUUUUUCGUAAUUUAUUCAGUGUCUUGGCUGAGCUCAAGUUCUCAGCACAAUCAAUGGGACUUUUGCAAAUAUCAAAGAGAAACAGCAAAAGAAAAAAUUUCAAGAGUUUUUUCACCUAGUGUUCUAGGUACAAGAAAGGAUUCACUCCCACAAUCUCGGGGGGUAAAAAUCAAAAAGGCUGCAUCAAGAUUUAUUCUUGUGGAGGGAAGUAAAGUAGAACAUGGGUGGGAAGCAACUAAAAAGAGUUCUCAAGAUUUUUUUUAAUUCAAAAUUUUAUAGAGGGACAGAAGUGGUGUUUACCAGAUAGAGUGCUGAUUUUUUAAAAAAAUAUAUUUACCACAGUAUUUGUGUAAAAAAAAACAAAAAACAAAAGUGUAACCUUGUUAAAGUAAUUUUUGUUUUCUCUUUUGUUUUGCAUACACUGCCACUAAUAUCUGCUCAGUUUAUGUAACUGAAUAUAUAUGUGUGUGUGUGUAGAUAUAUAUACAUAUACACAUAUGUAUGUAUGAAUAUAUAUAAUGCACAUACAUAUAUAUAUAUAUAUUGUUGUAGAUAAAGACUGUUAAGGUUAGGUAUCCUACUUCCAAAUAGCAAGAGACAAAAGAGUGAUGGGUUUUUUUUUCUUCAAAGAAGAGGAACAUGUGUGUCAACUUAUUUUCUAUUGUUUUUCUCUGUGCUUUUUAUUAGUUUGAGAGUAGUAACCUGGGAGUAGAGUGAUAUUUGUAUGUGAUUUCUUUCAUCUGGUGUCCAAUUUGUAGUGUCACUUGAAAAGCUAUUCUGAAUUUGGUUUUAUGAUUUCCUUGGGGGUUUUUUUAAAUGGGGUUCCAUCUAAGCUUUAGAUGAGAGGAAUUUGGUUUCCAGAAACAAGGUUUUAACGCUAUUUCUCCUGCCAUUGGUUUUUAUCAUGAGGUCUGGAAGUCCCCAAAGUGAAAAGGAAAAUCUUUACUUAAAUGUUCACUUAUUGAGAUUGUUCUUAUACAUCCUAUUAUUAUCCAUAGUAAUCCACAGUUGAAUGAAAAAUCAAUUUAGUCUGUCUAGUUUACUUAAAUGACAUUUUUUCUUUUUCCUUAUAAGUAGAAUUUAUCUUCCCUCUUUUUCUUCUGCAAAAAUGUUAAAAUUAAUGGGUCACAUUCUGCUUUCUCUGGGCAUCCGAAUCAGAGUAAGUUAGUCAGAGUCUUUUAACUUUUGUACUGAUGGCUUCCUCUCUUCCUAACACAGUUUUUGAUCAUUUAUCCCGCAAAAGCAACUGACACUGUUUGGGUGCCUAGAUGAAUUGGACCAAUGUGUAACAAGCCCAGUAAGCAUAUGUUCUGUGUGUCUUGAUUCAGUAAUUUCUAGUCAAUAUCAAUAACGUACAAAAGCAAGGACAAAGAGAAACAAUAAUUAAUUUUAAUAUAUCUCAUUUUCAACCAAAUAUUUUGAGGUUGCAUUCCUAAUCCAGCAUGUUUAACAGAAGAAAAAUGCCCAUGGAAUUUAGUGGGACCCAUUCCACAUAAAAUAUUGAGGGGCAGGCUGCCAGAUUUAUGAGACACUCCUCCAUGUUAGCAAUUCUUCUUUUUUACUAAUUUGAAAGUUAUCCAGCUAUUCCUUGUGGAGGAAUCUUUCGAUUCUAUAGCACAAUCCUGUGCAUGCAUACUCAAAAGUAAAUGCCACUGAAUUCAGUGAGACUUACUGUCAGCUAAGUAUAUAUAGGAUUGCAAUCUUAUUCAGUAAUUUGGCUGGGAUUAAUUCAUUGUAUUAAAUAUAGCUCAUUAAUAGCUUCAUAUGUUGUCAUUUCUAACCUAACACUUGCUACAAAUAUACAUAAGCUUGUUUUUUAAUCUUUGACAGUUAUACUGAGGCGUCAUAUGUCGUAGUGAUAUAUUUGACAAAACCUUCUGCUGUUUCAAGACUUUUUAAAAGGUUCAAACCAUGAAUAGAAAUAUAUGUAUAGUUCUACGCCUGAUUUUGGCCAUUUGGAUUCUGUCCCACUGAUGAGUCAGGAAAUAUAGCAUCUCAAUCCUAAACAAUUUAAAUGGAAGGCAAUCCCAAGGAUUUCAGUAUAAAUUAAUAUUACACUGUGGUCCUUACUAAACAAGGUGAAACUAUAUAAUGAAGCCUAGCCGGAGAACUUUGAAUUCAGGAAAAUGUGCAUAGGAUUAAACAUAUAAAACACUGAUUUUCACUGUAGUAAUUCCUAGUCCAAGGACAAACAAUAUCUGCAUCAGAAAGAAAUGUGUAGAAAAAAUGAGAAAACGGAGCAGGGAUUGGACAAAACUAUAUGACAGCAUCUUUCAAAAGACCAUCUUCAUGUAUUAUAAUGUGUUUUGCUUUAGUUUCUAAACAAAACAAUUAAGUGGCCAAUGAGGAUCUCUCUUGUCCAGAUCUCUCCUCCAAAUUUCUGAACCUCAAGUCCUUCCUCCGCCUUUUCCAGCCUCCCAGCUGGACUUAGGGUCCUUCCCCUCCACUUCCCAUCUGCAAGAAAUCCAUGCAUUGCUUUCUUCUUGAUCUUGUAGUGGAGGCCUACAUCAACUUCAGAGCACUGUGCCAAAAUUUUAAAAAAAUCUUAUGACCCAUGUAGUUCUCUAUAUCAUUCUGCCAUACGUUCUCCACCAUCUUUGCCAACUUAAAAAAUCCUUGAUUCACUAUGUGGAUUAAUUUGGGUUCAGCAAAGAGACAAUCAGUAUGUCAUCUCCCUUGUGUAAAUCAGCAAUAUUAAAUUAUCAAAUCCAGUACUCACCAAAAUCAUGUAAAUUUCCUGUAAAAAUAAGCAUCCGAAUCCAUGUAUAAAAUAAGUAAGGACCUAGAUUUUGUGACUGCUGAAAAUUGUGAAACUUAAAAGUUCAUAGAUGUUACACAUUACAUACAUACAUAACUGAAUUCAGGGUGAAAAAGUGAUUUGCACUCAGUAAACUGAGCAGAAAAGAGAGGGAGAGAUCCUGUCCUUCCCUAUACUCAGGCAAAAUCACACUGCUGGAGCCUUUCCUGGCUUAUAUAUUCUUCCUCUGCCAUCUUGAGUCUAAUAUUGCUUGGUCACAUCUGUUCUAGUCUUCAUCUGUGAAGUGUUGGGGGCUAUGAAUCACCUAAGUACAAGCAUGUAAUUAUCUUAUGUUCCAAUGGAGCUCUAAGGAUGGUGAGACAUUACCAGCACACACUGCAAAAAUUCAAGUGUUAUUCUCCACAUUUGAACUACUAGGCAAGGGCUUUUAGGCAGACUAUAGGUAGGCGAAUAUCCCUAACUUGAUAUUAAAUUGAAUGUACUGAAUGCCAUUUGUAUGGUUUGUUUAAAGAAAGAGCACUGUCAUAUACUUUUGGUACAAAACUUGUAAUGCACCCCCCCCUCCCAACAUACACACACACACAAAAUAUUGGAAGACAAUUGUCUGGAAUACAUUAUCAACAUAUUUUUAUAUAUAUUUACAUCUUUCUGAGCAGUGUUGAUUGCCCCAAGUAUUGGACACCUUUUCUAACAUAAAGCAGUCAGAAAGCGAGAUAGAUUGUUUUUAUUUCUACAUUAAUUCUGAACUCCGCAGGAAUCUGAAAAUACAGAAGCAAGGGUAGCUAUGUUACUUCAUAAGAGCAAAGCAAAACAAAUAACCCUCAAAUUGGAUUUUUAGCACAUGUAGUUGUAGUUGUUAGGAUUAGUUGCAAUUUGACAGUAGUGUGAAGGUUCUUGAAUUCAUCAGACUAUUCAUCUGGCUCAUAAUAAUCAGAGGGGGGAUUAAAAAAACUUGGAAGUUCCAAACUUUGGGUGGUCUUUUAGCCUUAAGGUCCAUAGUCAUUCUAAGUGGCAUCUGGCAGUAAUAAAAUAAUUUGAGUAAUCUAGUAAAUACUGUAUACCUUUCUGAAGACUAAAAACACAUAAUUAGCAGAGUGAAAAAGAAGUGAAAUUGCAAUGCUUUCAUUUUAUCCCUGCUGUAAUUCCAUAGAUAAUAACUCAUAGAGGAUGAGAUUGUUUUUUGAACAAAAAUUCAGCUCUAUAAUAAAAAUAAUAGCAGUUUUGACAUUUAUUAAAACACUGAAAGACACAUUUGAAUUAUAGGCAAGCAAUGAUAAAUAGCUACUAUGUUCAAAACAAAAAUGACAUUCUUUUGUACAUUGGUUGGCAGUAAUGAAGUUCGUUAUGUUGUUCAUUUCCUCACAUCCAAGAAAAUGAGUCAAUAUUUACAGUAAAAGGUGUCUUGAAAUCUCAUGACUUCCCUUCAAUUAAUUAACAUACAUGUAAAUUAAAAAUUUAAAUCACAUGUGUUCAAAUUAUACAUCACAGUAGGAAGUAACUUUAUACAACACCACCAUCACACUAUGUCCACAUCAAGAUCAGUGUUUGUUGCUUUGACUUUCAGAGGCUCAGCAGCAUCUCAGGCAGAUAAUUGUCUUUUCUGUCACCAGCUACCUAACUCUUUAACUGGAGAUACCAGAAACAAAAAUUGGAGUCUUCUACAGGUCAAGCAAAUUCUCUACCACUGAGCUUUGGGUCCUCCCCUUUCUGCCCCUUAAAAUGGCGCCUCCAUGAAAUAGCCAAAACAGUUCAGGAAACAGAUACAGAACAUCAGCUCUAUGGGACUAUAGUUUCAAAGAGGAAGAAACAUCCAAAAAUAUAGCAUCCAUAAAAAUAAUAUUCAUUCCCAGUCUCUCUCCUGAUAGGAGUCUUAAUCUUAACUUCACAAUGUAACUCUGAAAUAUUAGUACUGUAAUGCCCCAGAAGUUGCUUAGAAAAAAUUGUUUUUUUUUUCCUUUGAGAAGCAAUUGUAUUACAGCCUUAUGUAGGAUUGCUGCCUUAAAACAAUAAAAAGAGGGAGGGGUGUAUUAUUUUUUAUACCUACAUAAAGAUAUAUGAUUUUAAAAUAUCCAUUUAUUUGUAUUAAAUGCUGCAUAUUUAGUUUUGAUUUUAAACUGUGUGAUAGUAUAAGAGGAGGGAAGGGCUGAGAGAGCUGUGAAGAGUCCAUUAGCUGGGAAAUAUUGGUGCUACUAUUAAAGUAGCUGCUGUGUAUUUGCACUGUACUGUGCCUGUUGGGUGUCAGUCAAUAUGUUGUGUUUUAGAUUCAUGAUGGACAAAAGCUUUCAGUUGUCCCGGUAUUAUAUUGAUAGUAACCUUUCAAUCAAUUUUUCAUCAAUAAAUGUAUCUCAAUGGACAAAUGUAGGCAAAGAAUCCCUAACCAAAUUAAAUAUGGAGCUUCUAUGUGUUUUAUCAUAAUCACAUAGCAAGCAGACUUCUGGGGGUCAACUUUUAAUGGUUGUUUUAGAGAAUGUAGAGGACUUCCCCAAAUCUGCUGCUCAGUGUCCUGCAAUACUUACUGGUACAGAUCUAAUUUUAAAACCAGAGAGAUGCAUGGCAGUGUCAUGUUUUACUUUUAACUAAACAUUUGGAUUAGAUUGAGAAAAGAUCUAUUUUCUUCAAGUUAUGUCCAUUUAUUUAUUUUACCUUUGUUAUUUCUUCUGAUCUGGAACCAGUAUGGUUCCAGACGCAAAUAUUCUAUAUUAUUAUAUUUUUCUGCACAAAUGUCCAAGGACUAAAACUUAUCUUUGAUUUACAUGAUUGGAAACAUGCCAUGUUGAAAGGAGAAAGUGUUACCAACAAAGCAUUUGGUUUGUUUUUAACAUGUCAUGAUUGUUGAGGUAUGAAUAUGCUGCUAUGCCAAGGAGUUAAUACUGCCAGGCACUUGUACCAUGGCAAUAAGUAAAUAUUGCAGCAUAUUACAGAUUAUGCUUACAUUCAGAUGAAAUAGGAAGAACUGGCACUAGCCUUAGUGCAAAUGAGCAGAGCAAGUUCUAAUGCAAUUUGAAUGUGGAGGGAGCGCAGGGCUAAUAUCAAGUCUUGUGUAUGUGUAGGCCAUUAAUGAUUUCCACUUAGCAUUGCAAAGUAAUUUUGCAGAUUGUUUGUGAUUUACAAUAUACAUAAAAAAAACCCAGAGCACUGAAUGUUAUACAGUUAUCUAAUUAUCUUCUUUUUUAGUCAUUGCCAGGUGUUGUUUCAGAUUAUUACUUUCACUGUCAAAAGUUUUCAUCUAAGUUUCUUUUACAUAACAGGCAUGUGGCAUUUAUAUCUUGGAUGUUUUUUCUAAUGCUCAAUUGUUUUCAAGGUCUCAGAUCAGUCUUUGCACAGUGUUUGAUAGGAUACAGUGACUUUCAGGGAGAAUCACAAUAGAUAUCCAUUUUGUUGAAAUGUGAGGCACUUUCCCCAGUUGUCUUCUGGGGAAGACUGUGUUGAAUAUUGUUACACAGGUCCAUGGUUUAAUAACUGUAUUUAGAUUGAAAGAGAAGUUGUGAUUGCAGGCUUGAUCGCAACAAUUAUUGCAAUGUUCUUGUGUCUGUGAAACCUCACCAUUAAGGCACCUCUGUGGUCAAGGCCAGCUCCAAACUACUUUCAUUCUCCUCCUCUGAAUGUAAUGAAGAAAAUAUCCUAUAGAUGGGAAGUUAUUUCUGUGUGGAAAUGAGAGAGUAAGGAUCACCACUCUGCCCUCCUCUGCAUCAAAAAGAGGACAGAACAGAUAAAUGAUGUCUUUGUGUUGGGGUCCGGGAAGCAAAAAAGAGCUAGCGCUUUCUUUCUGCUCCUUGUGACCUGCAGUAGAUGAAAAGAAGAAUAAAGAUCUUUUGGAUAAAGCAGACACACAGUGUACAGUAGAAUUGGGAGAACCUGCACCUAUGGUACUUUCACAUUACACAACUUCAACAUUAUGGUUCUACUUUAACUGCCGUGAUUCCAUUUUUUAGAAACAUAAGAUUUGGGUUUUAUGCAGAGGUAUUUCUAAAUUCUAAAGAAUUCUCAGCCAGAGAGCUGUAGUGCUCCACCACCUUACAAACCCCAGGAUUGCUUAAGCUGUUGCCACAGCAGUUAAAGUGGAAUCAUAGUGGGAUAAAUGUAUAGGGCUCCAGAUAAUUAACAGAAAGAAGCAACGCUUGUAUGUGAUAUCCUUAUAUUCAUACCCCAGACUGAUUUUGUUCCCUCUACCCUGCUGACAGAAUAGUAAUUAAGGAAAGCGAAAACAAAAAGAAACAGAAACAACUGACUGUGUUAGAAGCAGAAGUCUCAACUGCCACCUUCUCCUGAGAUGUUUAAAAAAAAUUCCCCACAAUACCUUUCUUUCACUAUUCAGAUGACUAAAGCAAGUGUUCAUAGAAUUGUUGUCUUCAAUUUAAAUCUAAAUGCAAUAACACUGGAUUUCAUGGGAAUAUUUCCAAAUAGGCUGUGAUUUGCUCAGGUUCACAGAAUUUGAUUUUUGCCUUCCUCAAUUUUAACUGUAAUCCUGAUUACUUUCAUUCCAUGCUAAGACUUUUUUAAACAAGUUGUUCUCAAACUUUGGAUCUCCAGAUAUCAACCCCCAGAAACUUUAUGCAAAUUGGAUUCUAGGAGGUGAAAUCCAAAACAUCUGGAAAACCUAAGAUUAGAAGAAUUCUCUCCUUUUUUUGGCAGCAACAACCUAAGGUUUCAACAUAAAAAGAAAAUAUAUAUAAGACUGGAAACUAUGAUCUUAUGUCCAAAGUGAGGCACCGUUGAAAGAGGGAUUAUUCACAAUAUUGGCAGACUUCUAGUUACUUCUCAUUGCACUAAGGAUAUAUAUACUGACACAUUCACAGAUCCCAUAUCAGUUGAUUAUAUUUUCAAAUGGGUGUUUGUCCAGAUACAGUUCCACUAAACUCUAAGACUGACUCAUGUAUGUCAUUGUAGCAGGGACAGAUCAUAUAUAUUCUCAGAGUAUCAUGUGGCCUUAAAAACCACAGAAUGCUCCAUUGUAUGAAUACCUUAUGGUUUUUCUUUGUUCACUUUGGUUACAUCAGAGAGCUUGAUUAAUAUUUGUGUGUGGGGGGGGGGAGGCAAGCAUAGAAAAAGCAAUGGAAUACAAUUGACUAGCAAACUGAACUUCCGAAUGCUACAACCAGAAUACAGAUUACAUUAGUCUGCAGCCCAUCAUUAAUAAUCUCUUCCCUUAUCCAUUUACUAUAAAUUGAUGGGAUAUCUUCAUGUGAGUGCACACGUGCUCCUAUUUCUAUCUUCUUAUCCAAUCUACAAGUGACUAAUGUUUCUCAAACCAAUGUGGCCUUUGCCAGUGUAUUUCUAAGAACGAAUGUUCCAAUUUACUCUUACAGACCAAUAUGUUAUCAAGUGAUGGAAGAAGUGGUAGAAUGUUUUGUGAUGUCAGACUAUAUUCUUCAUAUAUUUGAGGACUUCCUCUCUUAAGUUAUACUACUUUGUUAAGUGGCUUUGAUGACCAGAUCAGAGCAUACUUUAGAAACACGAUAGGUUUAAAGUGAUCUCAGAUGUUUUCUUCACUCCAUAAUUUUUAUUGCCAUUGAACAUUUCAGACAUAUCUUUCUUCACAAAAUUGAGCUGCUUUUGUUAGUGGCAUUUUCCCUCCCCCUCUGGAACAAUGUUGGCAUCCAUCUGGGGAGAAUAUUUUUGUUAACAAUUGUACAUUAUCUUUUUCAUAAUCAAAUGUCAGUGACCGUAAAUGUAUUUUUUCUUUUUUAAAUAAAUGUUGUUUUUUAAAAUAAGAUAGUACUAGUGACUUAGUGGAAGAGGACAAGUUGCUAUUUAGCUCUGCUUAGUUAAAUACAUAAAACUACAUUACAGUAUUUCUGAAAACUAGAACUUAAGUACACAAUAUGUACAUCUUUGUAUCAAUAUAAUACACAUCCAUAUAUAUAUACAUAUAUAUUAUAUAUACAUUACACAUACAGUAUAUUCCUUUGUAUUUUUGAACCUGCUGUGAUUGUGUAAUAGCAAAUAUUUUCACAUUUACUAUUCACUUUUCACCUGCUGCAGUUAAUUUGAGUCUUUUCAUAUUCAACAUACUAACACUACAUUGCUUUUUAUAUUAACAAUUUCUGUAUUAUCUUGACUUUCUAUAUAUUAUCAAAUUAAUUUCUUUAGCAAAAUAGAAGAAUUUGCCUAGAGAAGAAAAACAACACAGCGUUCUCAUUAAAAGCCAAAUUUUCUUCUUCUUCUUUUUGUACAUUAGAGAGUCAUUAAAAGCAAAACAAAAAAUCGUGUAAUUUUUUUCUGCGAACAUUAGUGCAGUCUAAGCAAGUUCAUCAGAAAUAAAUCUCAUUAAAUGUUAUGGUGCUUACACUCAAAUAACUGAAUAGGAUUGCAGCUUCUAUCAGAGUUGCAUAUUCAAAUAUAUGUGGCCAGCUUCCCUCUUCCACUACUGAUGCUGUUGUAAAUAUCAUGUCAUGCUUGUUCCUCAGAGUAAAGCAAAACAAGAAGGAAGGCUGUUGAUCACAUUAGAUUCACCAGCAUUAUGCUUAACCUCCUUUAUUUUUCUUUUCUUUUCUUUUUUGUAAUAUUAGGUAAACAACCUUCCUAGACUGGAAAAGUUACAGCUAUUCUUCUAAAAUUAGAUUUUGAUAAAAUUUUGGAUCCAGAUUUUCUGGAGCCACUAUCAGAUUAAAGAGAAUUUAUUCAUUAUUUUUUAUUUUGUGUGCUGCCUUUCUUUCCCGAUGCAAGAUAGCAGAGAUAUAGUCUAGCUUGAUUUGGGGGACAAAUUUUUUUAUUAACUCUGCUGUAGGGAAAAUAAGUUCAAGAGCAAUGCCAUCCCAGAAAACUAAAAAAGUAUUUUAACCUUUUAACAUUGGCUUUUAAACUACCAUUGUGGAAUGCUUUCUUACUGACUUCAGACAAUUUUUAAAGUUUAACAUUCCCUGCCCUUCCUUCAACAUACUUACAUUGCGACCUUUUAGCUAUUGUUGAGGGAUUAUUAGUUGAUGCUGAUGUGUCUUGUGGCUUCAUUAUUGCCUUAAAAUGAACACUUUUUGCAGAUUCUCUGUUUAUUUUACAUUUGUUAUUUCACAUGUACAUACUUCGCUGCUUGCAUUUCUUCCGUAAAGAUUGGUCUCGCAACUAGAUGGUACCAAAUUUGUACAUAUUGUCUACUACAGAUUGCAUUUUCACAUUACAGUGUGGUCAUGAGACAAUUGCACAGAAGAAAGUGAAACUAACAAAAUAACCAAUUGGUGGGGGGAAAACUUUAACAAAGAUAUCUAAAAUAGUCAAUAGAUAACCAAAAGGCUUGUUUUUAAUAGCAUUACUUUAAGGUUGUGUUAUUUCUAGUUAGUUCUUUGAAUAAUGUGAGAAUAUAUGAAACCAUUUAAACUAGUGAACUUCUGUUACUUUCUGCUCUUAAACCAAUGCCAGUUUUGGGGACUUUCUUAAUUCUAAUUGAGCACUUUAUUUUUAUGUUACCAAGUAUACAUCCAAACAACUAUUGCUUUUUUAUCUUAGUACAUCACUCAUUACUGUUUAACUUUCCAUCUUCUGUUUGAUUCAUUCAGUUUACAGGAUGAAAUCAAUGUUGUAAAUAUUUAUGAAAAAAAUUUCAAGAGACAUCCGCUCCUUUCCUCUUGGGGAAAAAAAUAAUAUGUUGUAUUUUGGACUUUGAGUAUCAGUCAAAAUUAUGUUAACCCUGGUCAGAGCUUAUAAAUUCAGAUUUCUUCUUUCUAGCCUUUGAAAAGCCCUAAAAGUAAGUAAACAUGAAUUAAUGAAGUUCAUAGUCUCCCAGAAAGGCUCCAAUACACAUUGGCAAAAUGUACACCUAUGUAUGAUAGAUGUACUUACUGGUUCAACAGACCCAACCCACCAGAUAUAAAUCCUUAAUCCAACUUUAACAAAAUAAAGCAAGUUUCUUCAUUAAAAUCCAUUCACCAAAAGGAGUUCAUCACCAAAGAAUGAAAGCAAUAACAGCUUGUGCUGAAUACAAAUAAUAUCUAUGCUUUGUUACCAGAUUAAGAGUGGAAGUUCAUUGAUGUUUAGGUGUUUCUUCAACCGUUGUAUCUCUUAUCAUUCUUUUUACUUAUAAGUUAGAAAAAAAUAAUUUCUUAAUUUCAUCCUGUCUUAAAAGAAAAUAAUGUAUUUCACUGCAAUAGGUAGUAGUUUUCUUUGAUUCUUCUUCUCAGAGUAUCCUUUCUUCUCCUGCUACUCCCUUGUCAAUUUACCUAUCCCUUUAAAAUAUGUUUCAAGGAGCCCCAAAAUGGGUCUAUAUAUUUUAAAAUUUCAACUUUGUUUUGGGGUAUUCACAUUCCUGAUCCAACUUUACUUGCUCCUCCAUGCAGUAAAUAGAAAACUAUGAAAUUAUCAUGUAAUGACUAUAGGUGUAAUUUCAGGACAUAAUAUCAAAAGCCGCUUGUUCAUUAUGGAUUAGCAGCACAAUCAGGUGCUCCAUUUUUACACUGCUCUUGCCUUUCUAUAAAGAUCUUUACUCUGUGAAUCACCAAACUGGAAAGGAUUUGGAGGGUAUUAAAAGUUCCCUGUAAAAUAAGAGCAGACUUGUCAGUGUUACCCAAAAAGGUAUUUUGAUGACUUCUCUUUCUUUUAGAAAGUCAUAUGAAACAAAUUAAUUGAGGUAACUAGAUUGGUUUCUUCUAACAGUAAGCCUUAAAAAAUCACCUCCUAUUUGUUUACAUGACCAAGAGGUUAAUUGGAGGCUUAGCGUAUCAGUUCAGUGAGGAAAACAACUGUUCACCAUUUGGACCUUCUAACUCAGUAUAUGAAAUGCAGUUUUGAUUGGAUGCUAUUCUUAAUAAUAAUAAUAAUAAUAAUAAUAAUAAUAAUAAUAAUCUUUAUUUAUAUUUCGCCCUAUCUCUCCGUGGGGACUCUUGCUUUGAGAGAGAAGGAAUCUUGGUGCACACCAAAUCUUUUUGAUGAGGUUUUAAACACAGAUAUACCUUCCUAUGAGAUUUAGAGUGGGAAAGCGGUUAGGAGGAGUUUUUUCUCUUCCCUUUUCUAUUUGAAUUUCUUUAUGCAUCUGUUAAGGUUUAUAAUUAAAAACUGUAAGUGAAAUCCUGUUUGUUAGUUCCAGUUACGGUAAAACCAUUGAAUUGAAUGUUGAAUGAUGAGUCAACAUGUAGGUAAAUCCAAGGCUUCAAUGACUCUCCUCUAGUUAGCAGUGAAAAUGGGAUUUAGGCCUGCCAGUUUCCAAUAUGUGUAUCUUCAAGAGUUGGUGAAUCAAAAUUCAAAACCAAUGAUGAUAGACUAUUUUUGCUAUUGUUAACAACUGUUAAUCACCAGUAGAUCAACACAUGCUUCUGCCUACUUCUGGUAUAUCCAAAGAUAAAAAAUCUAACUAACUAGGGGUAAUGUACAUCCCAUUGCAAGCAGAUUUCCAUUUAGGACAGGGCAUGAAAACCUGCACUCCUAAACAUGAUAGUUCCACAAUAAACUAAAGAGUACCUAUGUGUUCAUAGAAACACUGGAAGCAUGCAUGUGGGAUUCUUUAAAACUUGACUACUUAAAAAGUCUUCAAUAGCUGAACAGUGAAAAGCUCAGAGAGUAUUGUCUUCUGAAUAUUGCUUCCAAGCCAAUUACUGAAAUGCUGACUGAUACACAAAAGAUUUCACAAUUAAGGUAACAAAUUUAUAUUUAAUUGAACUCUCCCAUCAUCUUGUUUUAAUGGCUUGCAGCAUUCUGUUACCUAAGAUCUCUUGUACUUUACAGGUUUGCAGAACCUUUUACAGGUUUGAUCUUUGUUCCAGUUGCAGAAUCUGGAACAUGUCUCAGCACCCACAUCCAGUUUUUACUGUUCCAGCUUUUCCCCUUAUAUCUCAGAAAAUGGUCUCUUUUAAGUCUUUCCUUCAUGAGUAGGGAGCAAAAUAAUAAAGUAUAGUAGUCUUGCUAAGCGAGGAAAGAAAGUGGAGAGUCUAUUUCUGGUUGAUUUUGAAAUGAGUGCUGAAAUCAGUAGCCUGCAAUAAUCCCCCAUAUAAUUCAUGGCAGGAAUAGAUAGGAUAAAGGAAAGAAGGGUCUCAUUUUGUUAAAGUAAUCUAUGUGUUUGCUUUCUUGUUCAUAAUGUUGUUCAUAAUUCUUGUUCAUAAUGCUGUUCUGCUCCUGUAAUGGCAAUGUCUUCCUCUUGUGCUUGACUAUAUGUGUUUUGGGAACUUAUUCUUGAAGGCUUUCAUAUAUUAGAAAUAAUCUCCAUAUGUAGGUCCUUUCUAUUUUUCUCAAAGUAAUGAUUAACAAGUGGACAAUCCCAUAAGAUUUCUAAUUUGUUUGCAUGAAUGCAAUGAGGAAGUGAGCACAGAACAUUUAAUUGGGAUAUUCUAAUCCACCAGCUAAUGUUUGUUUAGAUGAUGUUGUAAUUUAUGUUUGGGGUGUUGUUUUUCUAUACAGUUAAAAUAAAAUUAUCUACACUCCUGGUACUACCAUCCUUAAAAGGGCCUUGACAAGAAAUGUGUGUGAUGAUAACACAUUUGGAGUCAAAUCUCAUGUUAUGCUAGAUGCAUAGUUCGCACUUGUGUAUUUUUGUAAGGAUCCAUGAGAGUCGGAACAAGAGCUGGAAUGGAGGAGGGUUCAGCAUUUUCAUAUCACACUGCAGUCCCUCUGCAUAAACAACUGUUAGCCCCAUGAAUGAAGUUUCUAUUUGUGCCAAACACAGCUUUCUUUCACAGACAAACAGCAGCUUUCUCAGGGGCCAAAAAUUUUGUAUAGAAACUGUAGUCUGGGAGGAAAUGUGGAACCCUGUUUCACUUCCACUGCAGGCUUGGUCAAAACUGAAGGAGUUCUGGCACACAUGUCCUUGCUGUGUGCCUAUCUUUGCAAGUGAAAACCAUGUAUUUAACUAAAUUGUGAUUUUGGCCUCAAGCAAGCUUUAUUUUGAUGUGUUUGUUUUUAGAUAUCUACUGAGUUGUUUGCACUGUAAAAUCUUAGAAUGGACACUAUUUAAAAUAGUGUUUUGGGAACAGAAAAACUAUAUCUUAUUUGUACCCGUUGCAGUAGAGCUGUCUGUUAGAACCACUACUGAACUUUGCUUUAUCCAUUCAGCACUCCUUUAUGAUUACUUCUUGGGCUUCCUAUAGUUUCCAUCUUUAAAAUAAAGUGGUUUGUUUUUAAAACAACAAUGAAGGAAGAUGGAAUGAUGACUGUGGGCUGAAUAAAAUGAAUCAGAAUAAAGAAGAUAUUUAUGACAGUAUAGCCUGCGAUUACUGCUUCUAGUUUUGGAUGCUUCUAAUAGUGGAAAGGCAUGUUCUUUUCUUUUGGAUAAGGCUUUUAAUUUUUGCACUAAGACUGCAUUUUAUUGCACUACUGAAAUGUAUUUAUGGGAUUAGAAUGCCUAAGCAGGGAUAAUGUAAAGAAGGAAAAAGGUCAGAGAAAUAAGAGCAAGCAUCUACAACUGAUUUCACAUCCAAUCGCAUCUGCAUGACAGGAGAAAGUACUUCACAACAAUCUGUAAUCAAUUAUAGAAACUGACAUUUUCUCUCUUGUACUGAAAUGGGGAAAAGGCUCUUUUCUUCUUCAGUCAUUGAACUAGAUAGUGCUUGUAGCAGAGCAUGGCUUCCAAGUUGCAUACAUUUCUAAACAUUACUGAUUAGAAACGUUUAAAAGAGCUAUUGUAUAGUUAGUAAUAGUGUUGGAAAAUAUUAGAAACCUAUUUGAUCCGGCACUUUCCCAAAUUAUCCAUCACCAGAAGUUCCUGUGCAAUGUAGACCACAUUGUGCUAGAAACAGAGAGAAGCUUGUGGACAACAUAUUGUUCCAAAUGGCUCAGAUGAGAAAACCAAAGGAAUGGGGGAAAAUGUCCUAGAAUUGCUGAGCUCUCUGACCUGGCAGGGAAGAAAAAACUUUUCAGGGCCAAAUAUGAGGAUCAUAUUAGCUAACCAUAUACCGAGCAGUAACAUCUCACAGUGCAUAAAUAACAGCCUUGCAGGCUACUUAUAUAUAACACUCUGUCAAAUAGUGUACAUUUUACCAUAUACACUGCCAAUCAGAAGUCCAAGAAAACAAGAAUAGUCACUUCAUUUGGAAUGGUAAAAAUGGCAAUGGCUUAUAAGCACACUAUUGCACAUUACUCUUUUUGAAUGUUCAUUCAUUUGAGACUUUGAUGGAAGCCAAACCAAGCUGAUGUGUUCUUCCAAGAAAAAGACGUGUGUUGAGUACCCCAGAUUACCUGCAUUCAAUCUAUGGUUGUCCUAGGGGACAGGAAAAUUAUCUUUCUUAAUUCAAUGAUAUACUGAGAUACUCCACUUACAGGAAUGUAGGGUAUCCUUUCUAAAAUGAAAAACAUACUACUACUACUACUAAUAAUAAUACACCCAAUAAUAAAAGACUAAUAAAGCUGCGGUAUGCCUCAAACUAGUGCAAACACUACACCUAUGUUAACACCAGACAGUUAGAACUAAUCAUUUUUUUACUGUCAAUUGUUUUUGCUCUUAUCAGCAGUGACAUAAAUAUGAAGUUCAUUAUAUUAAAUGAUAAUAAAAUGAUUGCAACAAUACUAACUUUUGACAUUCAAUUAUAGGCAUAUGUAAAAUCAUAAACAUGACAACCAAGAAGCAGAGAAAGGAAAUAGUUUGGAUUUUGUGCUCUCUUUCAAUAUUUCUGUUUAAACAGACAAUCUUAGGAACUUCUUUAGCAGCAGGUGAAAUGGCCAGAGUUUUAGAUUAUGUAAUUGCUCAAGAGGAUCAUGGCCUUAUUAGCAGAUGUAUUAGGGCUAUCAGACUGGAAUAAACAAUAUACAGGCUGGUCUUCUGUUAUAAAUACUAACCCUUCCUUUUGAAGGGUUAUAAGUUCACUUUUCUAUUAUUAUUGCUUUGCAACUUUGAAAUGAGACGCACUGGUUCAGUGUGGAAUGGGUCAUAGCCUUUGACAAACAGUGGAUCUAUAUUGUUGGAAUGGGAGAACUGAGGUUUUCUUUAAGGCAACGGCACUCUUUUUAUCGUCUCCAGUCUUCUCUCUGAAUCAAGCUUCAGCAGUAGUCUUCUUCCUCAGCUACAAGUAAUACAAGUUAAGUAAGACUAUCUUUUAUUAGCUGGAAACUAAUAGAGGAAUUGUGUUUUUCCCAAAUCUUGAUCAAGUAUUUGGAAAGUGUCUAUGCUGAAAUUUGUAGUGUAAUUUAUUCCUGUGUCUGCAUGCACUGAUUUGACUUAUAAACUGCCAGAGUCUAUGAAGACAAACACAGUACUUUGCAGACAUUAAAACAUAAUAACAAUAAUGAAAAAUAACAGCAAGUAAUGGAAGCGAAGUGUUACAAUGCAUAAAAGUCUUUGAAAAUAUGUUUCCAUUGAUCAGUAUUCUAUAGUUGAUAGAACUCCUUUUAUGUUGGCUUAACAGCAAUUUAUAAAUUAGUGAAGUCCCCAUUUUUCAAAAUUGGAGAUACUUAUGAAACAGUAUUACAUUUCAGUCUAGACCAUUCCCUUCUGUGGAUUGCUUUUGUUCUUCCUUAAAUAAGAAGGUCAGAAUAUCUUGCUAGUUCACAGGAUCCAGUGUAACUAAGUCUUUUAGAUGUCUUGAUCUUCAUUGACCUCUAAGCUUUGCUUAAAUGCCCCUGAUUCAGAAUGUAUUGGGGGGAAAUUAAAACUCUUUUUGGUUUCUAGGUAUCUUCAUAUUUAUUUUCUGUUAAAGUGGCAAGAGUUUAAGUGAUCAGAAAAGGGCAUUUGUUGUUGUUUCAAAUAAGUGGCUCUAAUGAAUUUUGACUGAAUUUUAUAAACUUUUAAAAUUGUAAUAGAAGCCAAAAUCGACUUACCAGGAGCAUAUUCAAAGCAAUGGGCUUUGUUCCAAGAUGGUGUUGCCUUUGAAUGAGUCUGUUCUAGUUUCAAACAGGUAGAAUAGUAUAAAUCUGCUGGUAAAAUCCUCUAUAUUUUGUUGUUUUUAAAAUAUAUAAUUCUACUGUAGACCAAAAAUAUCUUUAAUUUCAAAAGCUAACAGGCCAGUGAAUAAAAAGUAAAAAAUCUGCAACAAUGAGCAAGAAGUAAGGGAGGAUAAAAUUUCUAAAAGCCUUACCCAUUUUUUAAUUGAUGCUUAGAAGUCAUCCAUUUGUUGAAGGUAAAAUAGCUUUCUCAGCACAUGCUUUAUGCAGUUAUAUUUUGUUUUCAGCUUUGCAUUUGCACAUUGUAACUUCUUUUUACAUUCUUGACUUCAUAGUACUGCUGUCAUUAACUUUUAGAUCUGAGAUUUCUUUUUUCUGUCUGGAGGGUGGUUGAGAAGAUGCACUGGAAAUAAGAUUUGAAAAUAUUUUAUUUUUUAAAAGGAAAAUUUACAGUUGCCUCGGGAACAGGCUAAAUCAUGUCCCUUCUUUAAUUCUAUAUGGGUCUUCUUUGCAAAGCUUCUAAAUGACUAGAGGCUAGAAAAAUAAACUUCCAUAUCACAAAUACCCUUCAUGAUUUCUACCUGGUGGUUCGCAGUUCUUAGUGCUCUUAGUGCUCCAAUAAAAAACAAGAAAAAAUAGAAAACGUAAAAAGACAAAGUAUGAGAGUUUUGUGAGUCAUGUAAGGUGGUAAAGAUAGUGGGUUAUCAUUUAAUCAUACACUUCAGUUUUACUAGUUUAAUUUACAGUAAGGCAAAAGGCAGUAUUAUAUAAUAUCCACUAGAAGUUCUAGAUACAACCAGUUGUAGUAAUGACUUCCCUACUUUGAUUUUACACCACACUUUCAUGUAUCUAGUGACAGGUGUCCCACUGCCAGCUGAUAUAUGACUUGACUUUAGUUUGACAUUCUGCCCUUGAUGGAAAAUGAACUUCCUCCUGUGAUCCAGAAAGUAACCCUUGUCUCUUGCACUUUGAGGGGAUAUGGAAACACCCUCUCUAUCGUUUAAAAUAUGGCGACAAAGUUUUAGUAACUGAAAUGUUUUAAGAUCACCCUAUUCUCCCUGCAGACUAUUAACUCUGAAUGCCCCUUUUCUUUCCUUGUUUAUCUUGAUCAAGAAUACUGGAGUUGAUAGAUGUUAAGAUAAUAUAUACAAUUUGCUAUCAUAAAGGAUAGUUUCCCCCUCAUGUCACAGUAUCUGAGUUCUAUUGAUAAUUUCAUAUCCCAUUGGCUCGCAGGCUCUAUCUUUUUUUUUUAAUCAUUGACACUUUUUAACUAUUCUUCUAAGACUAUUUGGAACAAAGGGGGAAAGUUGGCUCUUUUUUAAUGACGCAAUCUUAAUAGUUGGUUUAUAUCUUCCAUGUUUUAUGCAAAAAUUAAAUCAAUAAAUAUUUGUGCCCUAAGUUGAAGGUUACAUGUUUAGGAAAGCAACAAACGGUUGGAAUCUUUUCUACAUUUUUGUGAAGAUGCUUUUUUGGAAAGGAAGGGUACAUAUUUUUGUUGUGUAAUAUUUUCUAUUUUUGAAUGCAUUUUCUUGGUACAAGACUGUUUUGUGGAUUUUUUUGGUGAAAACAUUAUUUAAAAAAAGAAAAGAAAGAAAAAAUAAUUGAAAAGUUUGCCCUUAAGGAUAUGCUGCAGUCUUGAGUUUAAAAAAUGAUGUGUUGAAGUUGGGGGAUUGUAUUGUUGUUUUCUUUUGUAAUUGUUACAAGAAGUUUGUAUCCACUGCUGUUUAUUUCGUUUCAGAUGAGGAAGUAAAGGGAUUGUUCUUGUUUUAUUUUUUUAAAGUUAUUUAUGAAAAUGUCUAAAACACUGGACUGUGACUUUGUGUACUACCCCUGUGUCUUCAUCAAGCUGUUGGUGAUCCCAUUUCUCCUCCUUCCACCUUAAGGUUAGGUGAAUAUAAUGGUAGAUGUAGAGGAACAUAGGAACCUCCAGUUCAGAGUCUGAGGUGGAAUAAAACCAAAGGUCAAACAGUUUUGUACUUGUGCUGUAUAUAAUCACCCCAGAUAUCUCUCCUCCUUACUACUUUAUAGUUUCUAAUGACAAAAGAAGGGUCUACACCACUGCAUGUCCCAAAACAUCUAGGUAAAGCCUACUAACCUGUUUUGGCCAUACAAUUCAUUGAAAUUCCAGGAUUUAUCCUUACCAGUUUCUAAUGCAUAUAACAAAGGGACAUAAGUUUUAAUAAACGCAGUGGCCCUGUAUUUUUGCUUGUUUUCUUAUUAAACAACAUAGAGAGGUAGUCUGGGGGUUGUCAGUAGUUUCUCUAUACCGUAUGUGGUCAAUUUUUGAAGAAAGAAAUGGGAACGCUUUAAUUCAGAAGACUAAAGCUGUGAUCUAAAUACUCCUUUGGUGGGAAGGAAGAGAACAGGGGAUCGCCAGCAGUCAUUAACACCAUCAACUGGAGAUAUGUAACUGGGCUUUGUUCAAGGCCAAGCAAAAUCUUUUGCAUUCUUGACAUAAAACACUGCCAAAUCUUAAGCAUGUCAAGCAAACAGAAAGCUGAAGAGUGGUCUUCAUUUCCUGUCCCACUUCCCUUUCUUCUAUUAUCUUUGAUUCCUUUGGUCCCUUGCCAUUGUUCUAUUCACUCCAAUUUUCCGCUUCUGUGAUCACUUUUCUACCUUCCAAUCCAACUGUCCCUGAUUUCCAAACUUGAUUUAAGACAAGACUAAGUAAAAUCAUGUGCCUUCUUUUCCUCUUUUAUAAUAAAACGAUGAACCCCUUGCCCUUCCUUCAAGUUACACAUAAAAGCGAACAUAGGAGGCCGUUUAAAAUGUUCUACUAGUGACCAGCGGCAGUGAACUCCCUCUUCUUAUCCAUGUCUAGGUCUUCCCAGAAAAGCAUCGUCCCUUACCCCUGUGCACACUGUUCAAGUUAUCCAAAACUAACACUAAAGGGCUUGAGGAAUGUUUGCUUCCUUUUCCACUGUAGCCCAGUGAAAUAAUCCUACUUGGAGUUCACACCUUUUGCCCCAUUUGUGGCCUUAUAAAACUUAAACCACAGAAAGUGGUGCUCCUGCUUUUGCCCAUAAUUUGUGGUAUUUUUCAUUAAACUAUUUAUUACCCUCAGUCUUUUCUGAGGUCUAGCCUAGUGAUCAAAUUUAUUUAAGACCAUCAGUUUGUGCUUCCCUUACAAACAUCCAGUUAAGUCCAUUCCAGAGCUUUGCUGCCUCUUUGCUUCCCUCACAUACUUUUCUUCUACACUCUCUGCUUUCCUAGUCAUCUUACGCAUUUCUGAAUGGGUAAGGAAAGUCAAAGGAGGAAUGAAGAGACAAUUAAGUUUUCAGAACGCCACGGACCCCAGAGGUGGAAGGGUGCUUCAUGAAUGCUGUAAACUUGACAUUUGGUCAAGCGAUGGGAAGGAAAAUGUUUUAAUUUGGGCUUAACAGACAAUCCUACAAAGUUUCUCUUGUGCAAUACGUUAAACAUUUGCAAAGAUAUCCAGUAGUAAUAAAAACCCUUUUUCCUGAAAUGUUAUCAAGAGCUAAAGGUAUCCAUGUAUUCUUCUAUGUGCCCAUGUGUGUAGAAAUUAGAGAUGCUGAUCAAAAGCUCUUUGGUGCUGCUAAGAAUAAAUCUCUUUUCCAAGACCUGAUUUUGACACAGGCAAAAUAUCCAAGAAUAAGCUGUAUCGCAUGCAAUAUCUCAGCAUGGCGGAAAAGAGCAUGUUGAGAUUUCUACAGUGCCUUAUUUCUAAUAGAUGUUGGCACAUAAACACACACAUGUGCACACAUGUAUAUCCUGCAGACUCCAGUUUCUUCUAAUACUGAGUAGGAUCCCAAGUGUGCUAUACAGCAAAGCUGAAGGCAGAGAAGCUCUGUAUAAAACAUUCCAAUUCAUUCUUUCUAAAAUAUCAAAAGUCUCACAAUUCAAAACCAACCCCUUCCACCUUUCUGUGUCAUGAUACGGUGCUGAUUUAUUAAGAAACAAAUUCACCAAACGAUCCAUUUGAUUGAGUCCUUACCCAUUUGCUAUUGACAUUGCUGAAUCUAUACAAAUCAAACAUUUUCACUUCUGAAGUAUUUUCCAAAGGGCAAGUGAGUGCCCCAUUUAUUUCAUGUUAAAUGCACUUUAAAAAGUUGGAGACUGUUUCAGAUGCACAGGGGAAAGAUAGUGCACUAAUGUCUGAACCCAGUUCACUUUAUCUCCAGUUAAAAUAUACUCUCGUGUAUGAUGUGGUUACAGAUAUGUAUUCACUUGUAUACACAAAGCCUGAAGUGUGGAAGGAGACGAACCUCUCUUUUCACAGCCACAAAACCAGUUUUUUGCGCAAAUAUAAAAGCAGCAGAGGAAUUAAUUGUUGGAUUCUUGAAACAGAUCACAAAUACAAACAGCUACUUGCAAGCGACUUUGGUCCUGUCUGUAUGUUCAGUAACUACAGUAGGAGUGGAUUGUAAACAGAAGAAAAAGGAACGGUGCUAUACGAAAGCAACUGAACGAUUGGGCAAAUCUUACUACAAUCUAAAUGACACAGUUCAGAAUCUGAUUUUUGUUUCGUUUGGGGUUUUUUGUUCAUUGGCCCACCCAACAAAAAAGUAACAACAAAAUCUAGAACAACGAAAGUUAUGAUUUAUGGAAGAUGUCAGAAAUCUCUUAACUUUUGGCCUUGCUCUCAGUCACCACUUACAAAAAUCUGUACUUUUCUAAACUAAAAAAAUUGUUUUUAAAAAACCUUUUUGAAGCACCUUACUGUGGCCUCCCAUUCCAAGAGUGGUGGCCACUUCUUUUCCUUUGAGCACCUUAUUAAUGUGUUACGCUAUCUGCUGUCUUUUUGUUACCCGUUGGCUAAACGGCUGGCUGUUAACAUAUAAAAAAAAGUGUGCAAGCGCAAAGUCUGGCUUUGCAUGCACUCAGUGCAUUCCACACGUACAAGCCACUAUAGGAGACAAUGCAUAUACACUUGCACACAUGCAAAUACACACUUCUGACAUUUCUAUACAUGGAAUGCCAUCUGCAAUUUCCCGCUCCUCAGUAGAUCAGCUUGAGAGGUUUGGAUAUAUAGCACAACAGGUAUGAUUCCAGUGCUAUGAUCCCCAAAGGACUUCUAUCUAUGGGGAGAGGGGAGGUUUCUGAAUGUCUAAAGAUGGAUAAUUCCAUACAUGAAGAAAUAGAUCCUCCCUUCCCUGUUAAAGAAUAACUGAGUGAGUGGAAAAUGAAAACGAAGAUUAAUCCUACAGUCUUUACACAAAUAAAAUCACCAGUGUUUAUGUGGUGUAAAGUCUUCAAGAUCAGGCAACCCUUCUUUUUGGCAAACAUUUUGCUGAGCAGACUAGCUUCUGGCUCUCCCAACAUGUGUUGUAGUGGCUGUAAGUGUACUUAUACAUACACCCCAAAACACACUCAUACAGUGCAACAUGGUUUGUGAAAAUGAGACAAGCAGGUCAAAAGUUCUGAGGAAAUACUAAGUUCCUUUUUUUUCUCUCACUUUAUUCUGUAAAUGGUAUGUCAGUUAUAAAGCAAGUAAACCGAGAAUUGUUUUUUAAAAACUUGCAUACGCCUUUUAUAUCAAGUGCUUUAAAAUAUAGAAUAACUACACACAUCCUGCCAGUUUUUUCUUACAGUGAGAGUAUCCUUACCUGCCAUUUAAUAUUAGCCUCGUAUUUUUCUCACGUAUAUUUACCUGUGACUUGUAUUUGUUAUUUAAAACAGAAAAAAAGAAAAAAAGAAAAUUAACUGUAGCGCUUCAUUAUACUAUAUUAUUAUUAUUGUGACAUUUUGGAAUACUGUGAAGUUUUAUCUCUUGCAUAUACUUUAUACGGAAGUAUUACGCCUUAAAGAUACGGAAAUAAAUUUUACAAGGUUUCUGUUUUGUGUGGAAGAGUAAUCGAUGUUGCUAAGAAUGAUGUUUGUUAUUUUGGGUUUUUCUUUUUUCUUUUUUUAAAUGUUACCAGCACUUUUUUUGUAACUUUCACUUUCUGAGGUAUUGUACAAGUUCACACUGUUUGUGAAGUUUGAAUAUGAAGGAAUAAUUAAAAAGAAAGAAAGAAA